AUUUAUUUAUUUAAUUAUUUUUUUUUUUUAUUUAAUUUGAGCUAUUAUUAAAAUUAAAAACAAAAACUAAUUAAAUUUAAGUUUGGGCUCUGUGGUUAAUUCUAAACUUAUAUUAAUGUAAAAGGGGUCCCUGAUAGUCGCAUGACAUCUGCAUGAACACUGACGAAUCACUGGGGAGUUGGGCUUAGGAGAGCAGAUAACAAUUAGUUAAAAAAAAAAAUUAUCAGCUUCGGGACAUUCCUACAUAUUAUUACGUUAAUUUUUUAUUAAAAUAAGAACAAAGAAGGAAACUACAAACAGUAGAGCAAAGAAGUUCUUGUUUUUGUUUUUGUUUUUGUUUUUUUUCUCUCCAGGUAUUUUUAGUUCUUUAUCGAUAUUUCACUUGUACUGGGGAAAGCUCCUUUUUCUCCGAUGACUGAAGCCCGUCAAUAACGCAGUGUAACUUUAGUUCGUGCAGUGAAUAAAAAACAAACCAAUGCCGACAAAGCCUGCCAAAACCCGCCAGAAUGGGCAGGGUCAUCUGGGUAUAUAAUAUAUACUUCUCCUUCAGCGACGACUGCUAGACUACGAAGCCUUUGCCGUGAUCAAGCCUCACAGUGGAUCAAGAGACCCCCUUCCUACCUGCAUUUUGAAUUACCUCGACGACUGGCUCAUUCUGGCCCAGUCAGAGGAAGAGCUACUAUCUCACAGAUUUCUCCUCCUCAGCCACUUAGAAUGCCUGGAACUCAGAGUCAAUUUUGCCAAGAGUGCGCUGUUCCCCAGCCAACAGAUAUCGUUCCUGGGAACCGUUUUAGACUCAGCCCAAAUAAGGGUGAUAGCUGCGCCAGAACGUGCACUGGACAUUCAGCAGCUCGCAGCCUCAUUCAAAAUUCGGGCCUCUCGCCCUCUCAAAGUGUUUCAGAGGUUGCUGGGCCUCAUGGCCUCUUUGUCUCCAGUACUUCAGUUAGGCCUGCACCGCUGAAACCACGAGUUCUGUCCCACUCCCGGCGUCUCGGACACCUUUGUGUCAGGGUGGACCAGGCCUGUAUAACUGCCCUGGCCCCUUGGAAAGAUCAUCAGUGGAUGGAACGGGGUGUGCCCCUGGGAAUGGUCUGCAGGAGGAAGGUGAUCUCGACAGACACCUCCAACAUGGGUUGGCAAACCAGCUUUCAGCCACUGGACAAAAAAGGAAGGCUGGCUUCACAUCAACUGCCUGGAAAUGCUGGCAAUGUGUCUGGGCCUUCGCACCUUUCUGGCAGACCUAAGGGUAUACUACGAAUUGGUCCGUUCGGACAGCACGACGGUGGUGUCCUAUAUAAAUCGCCAGGGUGGUCUCUCCUCGAAGCGCUUCUUCACACUGUUGGAGCGCCUCUUAGAAUGGGCCCAGCUCAACUUGCGCUCACUGAGAGCAGCUUAUAUACUGGGCAGAUUAAACCCAGGAGCAUAUAUGCUGUCUCGGUGCAACAUUCCCUCAGAGGAGUGGACGCUCCACCCUCAAACAGUUCAGAAAAUCUGGGAAAUCUUCGGCAGGGCAGAGGUCGACCACUUCGCCUCAGAAGACAACUCUCAUUGCCCAACUUACCACGACUGGCCCAAUCUCCUCCUCUAUGCUUUUCGCCCGAUCGCUCUGAUGCUGCAGGUAACCAGGCAAGUCAGGGAACAGAGACGCAAGGUUCUGUUGGUGGUCCCGCUCUGGAGGAGCCAGCACUGGUUUGCAGAGCUGAACUGGCUGCUUUCGGCAGCCCCGUGGCCCAUUCCCCUGAGACGGGACCUCCUCUCCCAGGCGAACAGAAUGAUAUAGAACCCCCAGCCUGAGGUGUGGGCUCUGCACCUUUGGACUCUCGAUGUAAGCUUGUGAACCUCCACGAGAACAGCUUAAAUACAAUCUCUCAGGCUAGAGCGCUGUCUACAAGAUGCCUUCUUUGCCUGGUGUGCAGCCUGACACGCAGACCCAAUCUCCUGUGACAUAUCUCUGAUAUUGGCCUUCCUGCAAUAGCUGUUGGACAAUUGCAGUUCCCCUUCCACACUCAGGGUCUAUAUAGUUGAACUUGGGGUGCUUUCACACCCGUAGAUAGAUUGUUUUGUUCUAAAACAUGGGCUAAAAUUAUUGCAAUGUUGCUUUUUAUUCUUUGUGCAUUUGUUUUCACACGGCAAAGUUUCACGGUUUAUUUUUCCGCUCAUAGCUGUCAUCCAUCAGGAUGGAACCAGCUUUGAUGGAACUACAACAUCUUCAAGGACUUACUGAUGUUUUAAUUUUUUUUUUUAAGCUGUCGUUAUAUUUAUUUAUUUUGAGCAGGAGUCCAGGAUUCGUCGGGAAAACAUUGUUAAAAUGCAUGUACUAUGAAGAGCAAUAAGACAUUAUAAAAUGAAAAGGUGCGCUUUGAUUUUGAAUGGCGAAGAUAUGCUUACCCACAGACAUCGUCUUCUGUUUUUCAUGGAACUUACGUAAUUACCCAUUUUACAUUGUGAAGUGCGCUAGGUUCCGAAACAAUGGGCCAGCUGUAACAGCAGCCUUACUCUGCCCUGUCAGGGCGUUGAAAGUCUAUGUUGAGGGCUCCGCCCCCCCUUCAGGCAGUCGGAUCAGCUAUUGUAUGCUUCAGAGAACCCUUGGUGUGGCCACCGGUAAUGACGCAGAGACUUUCCAAAUGAAUAAUUGAUGCUAUUAUGCUAGAAUACUCUUCUUUGGGCCUUCACUGCCCCAUGGGAGUAAGAGCCCACUUAACUAGAGGUGUUGCCUCUUCUUGGGCCUGGUUUAGCGUCCAUAUUUGACAGAUUUUAUAAUCUGGACAUCCCGGCCUUACAGGCUCGGUCGCUCUGGGCCCCCUUGGGUGCUUAAGGCAAGUUCAAGUAUUAGUCGUUCCUCUAGCAUAGCAGGCUUGAUUGUACUGGUUCCCCAAAGCAUCUUAGCAGACACAUUAUGAGUAAAGUCUCGAUAGGGAAUGUACUCUGUUAAUAAUGUAACCUUGGUUCACUGAGAAACAGAACGAGUACUACGUACUUUGCCGUGCUAUGUAGCUGUACGACUCAAACGUUGCUUCAGUCAAAGUAACUUAAGGAUCUUAGUGCGGAAUGCCAAAUUAUAUAGCCAGAUGACCCCACCCAUUCUGGUGGGUUUUGUUGCCAGUUCCACUGCCGAGCUAUUAGUUAAUUUUUUUUUUUAUUCAUCGCACGACCCAAUGGCUGUGCAGUUAUACUGCGUUAUUGAAAGACUUCAGUCAUCAGAGAAAAAGGAGUUUUCCCCAAAGCAUCUUAGCAGACGCAGUACUCAUAUCUCAGGGAACCAAGGUUACAUUAGUAACGUAGUACGUUUUCUGGUCAAAAUACAAGAAGGAAAAAAAAACUGCAUCUUUACUAAAUAAAUUAAAUAAACACUGAUUCUACGCAAGUUAUUCAGUUGAGCAAUUUUCAUUGAGUUUCAUUGAAUAAUUGUCUGUCUUUUGUUGUUUGAUUAUUAUUAUUAAUGACAUUCAGCAGUAGGCUAAUGCUGACUUCACUUUAGAACCAAAUGCACAGUUCCAAUUACUGUGCUUAACUUUAAAUGUCCACAAUGUCCAGUACUUUUUCUCAUUCAUGGAUGUUUCUUUAUCACACUAAGUUACUCAGUAACUUGAGUACGUGCUUUUUGCCAUUUAUUUUGGAAUAUACUCAUGAAAAACAGGAGGGACUGGUAUUUGGUUUAUUUAAGAGGCUUUUUUGUCAACCUUGUGUCACAGUGUGCCUUUUGCUAGGGCUGCUCAAAGUCUCUUUCUCAAUUUGAGUUUACAAGAUUUUUUAUUAAAAUCAAAUUUCUAAUGUUAAAUAGUAAAGCGUUCAAUCACAGAAUCAGGUUGCACUCCCAGGUGAGUGGUGGGCUAGCGGAUAAAAAAAAAAUGCCAUCAGACCCUAUGAAGUCUGGGUAAAAUGGGCGAAAUAAGGUAAAGUCUUGCAAGGGAUAAAGACUUACAUAGAACAAGAUAUGGUCCAAGGAUCACUGGAAAAAGUAAUUAUUUUUGGUUGGUCAUGUACAGUUGUAACUAGGGAUGUCACAAUACCAAAAAUCUAGUUGUCUGUACCGAUACCACUAAAGUACAUAUUACUUGAUACCAAGUCGAUACCACAAGUAAAAAAAUCAUCAACUCCUCUAUUUAAUAUUAUUACAAAAUUGCAACAUUAGUUGCACUUGGCCUUGAAAUAAUACACACACACACACACACACACACACACACACACAUAGGCUACCCUGAAUGCAAGCAUUAGUUUAAAUUCACUGAUAUACUGGCAGGCCGAAUUAAAAAAAAAAAAAAAAAAAUUCAUAAACAAUUAUUUAAACAAUAAUAUUAGCCAAUAAUGUUAAUAAGGAUAAUCCAUGGACAG